GGUAUAAGUGCCGGCCACCGAACAUUUCCAAACGCACUCGCGUACCAAACACUUCGUCUAGUCGCUUCGGUGCUCCUCUUCGCGCUAUCUCUUUUCUUUUUUUUUCUCUCUUGAUCUCUCCGUCUGUCCGUCUGUCCGUCUGUCUGUCUGCCUGCUUGCCUGCUUGCCUGUCCGUCUAUCCGUCUAACUGUCCGUCUCUCUCAAUCUCAUGCUGUACUAAAUCGCUACUGUCCAUCUAUUUCCUCUGUCCUCCGAGUUUUUUUUUUCCAUUUUUUUUUUUUUUUUUUUUUUUUUUACUUUAAUUUAAUUCUUUUUUUUUCUCCUUUCCACUCACACCGAAAAGACGCGCAAACACACUCUGGAAGUUACGAAAACCUGUCCGGACCAAUUCUUUCGUGCGCGCGCGUGUGAUUGACAAUAUCGUUUUGUAUUUUUCUCAUACGUACGGUUUGCGAUCAAGAGAAAUGUUCGAUCGCCGCCAGUAACGACUUUUGCCGUCCGCGUACGACCGUUGCCGCGCGCGCGAACACGCGGCCCGUUCACCGGCCCGAACGAUCUCGGAUGACGGUUGGCCAUGCCCCGGUGCCUGAUGCCCAAGAAGUGGAAGACCGCCGUGGCCAACGAGUGCUCGUGGGACUACGAGAGCAGGCGGCCGUCGUCGCCGCCGCCGCCGCCGCCGCCGCAGCAGCAGCCGGCCAAGAGCAGCAGUUCGCAAUGGGAACCGCCGGUUACCGUUCUGUUGCACCACCAUCAGCACCACCUUCAGCAGCACCACCAUCACGCGUGGGGACCGUCUAGCCCGCCAGCGGGGGCCACAGCGCCCAGCCCGCCGCCCUGCUGCACCGGCACAGCUUUUCACUAUCUAACCGAGUAUGCCGGAACCGUUAAGAGCGACUACCCGACGGCGUCCGACGCGCAAGUUCCGCCGUCAGCCGCCGCGAUGCCGUCCACGCGGGAACAGCCGCCGCUACCGCCACCGCCGACCACAGCGACGCCUGUGCUGACGGUGCUGCAAUACCAACGGCCACGGACGUACACCAGCACGGGUGUGGCGCUGUCGCUGCCGCCCAAGAAGAAGGACAUCUACCGGCCUUACUCGCUGGACGACCACAGGCCGGUCAAGUGGCCGAGGCCCGAGGAGGACAUAAACGCCGCGCAGGCCAUACUCGACCUGAGCGCGUCCACGCCCGUCGUCAUCUGCCCUCCGCCGCCACCGCCGGCCCUGCCAUUGCAGCAGCAUCAACACCACCACCAGCCGCAACAACAGCAACCACAACAACCACAACCUGUUCUGGCGCCGCCACCGCCACCGCCACCGCCACCACCGCCGCCGCUCGGAGUGCGGCAAGCGGUACGCGACGUCGUCGAACCUGUCGCGGCACAAGCAGACGCACCGGAGCCUGGACUCGCAGUCGGCGAAGCGGUGCAACGUGUGCGGCAAACCGUACGUGAGCAUGCCCGCGCUCGCGAUGCACCAGCUCACGCACAAGCUGACGCACGCGUGCGACGUGUGCGGCAAGAUGUUCAGCCGGCCGUGGCUGCUGCAGGGUCACCUGCGGUCGCACACCGGUGAGAAGCCGUACGGUUGCGCGCACUGCGGCAAAGCGUUCGCGGACCGGUCCAACCUGCGCGCGCACAUGCAGACCCACUCCGGCGACAAGAACUUCGCGUGCCCGCGGUGCUUCAAGUCGUUCGCUCUCAAGUCGUACCUGAACAAGCAUCUGGAGUCCGCCUGUCUGCCGGCCACGGCCACCGCUUCGUCCAACGCCGCGAGUCCCACGCCCUUGUCCCCGUCACCGUCGCUGUCGUCCUCGUCGUCGUCGUCGUCGUCGUCGUCGUCCUCGUCGUCGUCGACGUUGUCCUCGUUGUCAUCAUCGUCGUCGUCGUCAUCGUCCUCGUCGUCCACAUCGCCAUCGCCGCAUCAACAACCGCAGCACCAUCAGCAUCACCAUCACCAGUCACCGCCGCACCAUCUAAACGGCCAGCAACACGUGCAUCUUCAACAGCAGCAGCAACACUUACACCAUCUGACCACUGCCGCCGAGAUCACCAAUCUCAACUUGUUGCGUCCCACUGUACUGCACACUGCUUGAGCCAUCGUCGUCCUGCGGUUACAUGAUUUAUCCUCCAUCUCCUUCCCUCGUCCUCGUCCUUCGUCCUAACAAACUCGUCCACGUACAAAAACGUUUUCUUAUCCUCGGUUUAUUAUUGUAAUUUAUUUUUCCUUUCUCUUACAUUGUUCUGGUCGUAUACGUUAUAGUCAAUUUUUUCGAAAAUCUUUAAAAUCUAGUUCAUUAUACAUUAUUUAUUAUUACGGUAAGGUUUCUUUUAUUUUAUU